AUGUCAAGUCUGAAAAACAAAGAGUGCAGAAAGAAAUUCCGUCAACGAGUAUCUGUUCAUGCGUUUGGAAUGCGGACCAGGAGGAAGCUUUGUGAUGCAGAUUCCUCCAAAAAGUGCAUCCAGGACGCUGCGAAUGAAACGUUCCCAGUUCUAGUGCCGCGAAAUAAGUUUGCCUUAGCACCUGCAGAGACAAGAUCCACGUACGAUUUUGUAUGUGCCACCAGCACCACUGGUGAUUUCAACCAGGAAAUUCGUCUGAUAAGGAGGUUGCGUCGUCGGGUGAAAUUUAAUCGUGAGAAUAAGCGGACGUCAAGAGCGAACGAGGUUGAAAAGGAGUGGGAGGACAAGAACCUGGAUGAAGCCUAUGUUUUACUAAGACAGUACAGCGGCAAAAUGAAAAGAUGUUCCCCAUUCUUCAACACUGCUAAUGAAGUCGCUGUCGGCGAGGCAAGUCCAUCAAUUUGA